GGUUGAGAGGCGACGUCAGAUUGCACACCGAAGAGCAAACAGGCAAAGCAUACCACACGGGGAGAGGCAUGCACAACAACAACGGUGUAAUGCUCGCUUCACGACAAAGCAUAACACCCCAGCCGCUGAGUCCAUCACUAUGUCAUGCUCCGAAGUAGGUACAUCGUCCGCGCCCAACCCAUCGUCAAGCACACAUGCAUCGCCCCCCAUAUCACCUUUUGAGAGCACACAAGCUUAUACCGUCAAUACAGAUAGUGAGAUGGAGGCCUUCCUUGCCAGGCUCAUGGAGGAUAACCCCAACCCAGGUGAUCUCAUGGAUGAUGAGUAUUAUCUAUUCGCCGGUGAAGGUUCCGCUGCUGAUGACAUGGACUUCGAUGAACCAGAGUCAACCGGCAAGGACACCACAGACGAUGAUCCUUUUGAAUUUGUUUACUCAAACCUGCCAGACAGCACGCACAUCCUGAAUCACGCGGAGAAUUGCGAAAUUUGCAACGCCAAGAAAUUCGAGUACGAGACCGACGGUUUCUGCUGUCGGAAUGGGCAAACCUAGUUGCUUGAACCGGAACCUAUACCAGAACUAAUGAGGCUCUGGUCUAGCUCUGAUGCGGACUCUCGGCAUUUCAGGGAGAGCAUCCGGUUCUUCAACGGACACUUCUCCUUCACAACCCUUGGCGUCACCCUCGACAACAACUACACGAACAUGAAGUCCGGGGUGUACACGUUCCGAGCACACAGAACUAUGUACCACAACGUGCAUUCAUUCGGGCCAGGUUCUCGUCCGGAACAUUU